AUUGCCAUCAGGUGCCUUGUGCGCGAACCUUGCCGGCCAAACCGUUAACGCCUGGCUUCCUUUGUGCGUGCGCCUCUCCUUCCAGUACCUAUCAGGCGCCCCUUCUACCCUGCUCCAUCCCUCACCGCCAUUGCUCGCAGGACACUCCGAGUCCAGCUGUCAAGAGUUCAACGAUCCGAAAAUAGCCACUGCGCCCAGCAGCGGUUACCUGGGCACUCUGUGCCCUUUAUCCCUGUCCCGGCCCCUUCCCAGGGCCGAGGACGCAGCAGUAGGACUCAGUUUCCUUGAGCCUGCUGCCCGCAUCCUUCACUUCAUUGGCUUGCGGGAUCUCUCCGUUGCUCCUGCCCCUGGACGGAGUGGCAAGCCUUCCUACCCAGACACUUGUAAGCAGCCUGGUGUCGAAACAACUCCAAGGAUUUAUUCUUCAAACCCUGUCUUCUGUACGGCAACCCUGCCUUCAAUUUGAGGCCCAGGUAUCACAGCAAGCCAGUGCCCUAAGGACUCUCAGAGAGGCCCUGGAGAAGGCCAGACUGACGAUCAGUGGUCCCACCUCACUACCAAAAGUUGCCGUGACCAUUGCAGCCACCACCCAGCCCAAACCUGUGGUCCUUCACGGACAGCAGCAGGGAACCCGCUCCUUGAAGCAGCCUCAUCCAUCUUCCCAUCCAGCUGCUUCAGCUGCAGCCCUGGCCUCAUCUUCUGCUCCAACACAGCCAGCCCAGGGCUCCACAGUGCCUUCAGCUGCAGGGGUUUCCUUACCCACCACUUCCACCUGGAGCCUGGCUGGGACACUUUCUAACCCAUCUUCUGACUCUCUCAUCACCGCCAUGGCCAGACUAACGAUUGGUGGUCCCACAUCACUACCAAAAGUUGCUGUGACCGCUGCAGCCACCAGCCAGCCAAAACCUGUGGUCCUUCAUGGACAGCAGCAGGGAACCCGCUCCUUGAAGCAGCCUCAACCAUCUUCCCAUCCAGCUGCUUCAGCUGCAUCCCAGGCCUCAUCUUCUGCUCCAACACAGCCAGCCCAGGGCACCAUAGCACCCUCAGCUGCAGGGGCUUCCUUACCCACCACUUCCACCUGGAGCCUGGCUGGGACACUUUCUAACCCAUCUUCUGCCUCUCUCAUCACCACCCAGGCCAGACUAACAAUCAGUGGUCCCACCUCACUACCAAAAGUUGCCGUGACUGCUGCAGCCACCACCCAGCCCAAACCUGUGGUCCUUCAUGGACAGCAGCAGGGAACCCGUGGCUUGAAGCAGGCUCAUCCAUAUUCAGAUCCAGCUGCUUUAGCCUUGAGCCCCCCCACCAAAAGAAAGUUGACCUGGGCUGCAGGCCUGGCUGAGACCCAUUCUAAGCCAUCUUCUGACUCUCAUUACCACCGUGGCCAGACUGACAAUCAGUGGUCCCACCUCACUACCAAAAGUUGCCGUGACCACUGAAGCCACCACCCAGCCCAAACCUGUGGUCCCUCAUGGACAGCAGCAGGGAACCUGUAGCUUGAAGCAGGCUCGUCUGUAUUCAGAUCCAGCUGCCUUAGCCUUGAGCCCACCCACCAAAAGAAAGUUGACCUGGGCUGCAGGCCUGGCUGGGACCCUUUCUAACCCAUCUUCUGCCUCCCUCAUCAACGCCCUGGCCAGACCGAGGGUCAGUGGUCACCCCUCCCUACGGAAACUUGCUGUUAUGGCUGCAGCCAUCACUCAGCCCAAACCUGCGGUCCUUCAUGGACACCAGCAGGGAACCCGUAGCUUGAAGCAGGCUAGUCCGUAUUCAGAUCCAUCCGCCUUAGCCUUGAGCCCCCCCACCAAAAGAAAGUUGGUGUCAGGCUAUCCCAGGCAAAUUCUAGGACAGGCUAUCCCAGGCAAGGCAAGGCAAGGCUGUUCCAGGCAAGGCUAUUCCAGGCAAGGCAAUUCCAGGCAACGCCGGGCAAGGCAAGGCAAGGCAAGAGACAGCAAUACAAUCCCAGGCAGGGCAAUGCAAUCCCAGGCAAGGCAAUUACAGGAAAGGCAAUUUCAGGCAAGGCAAGGCAAGGCAAGGCAAGACAAGGCAGGGAAAGGAAAUUCAAGGCAAGGCAAUUGCAGGUAAAACAAGGCAAGGUAAUUCCAGGGCAGAUAACUCCAGGCAAGGCAAGGCAAGGCAAUUCCAGGCAAGGCAAGGCAAGGCAAGGCAAUUCCAGGCAAGUCAAUUCAAGGCAAGGCAAUUCUAGGCAAUGCAAUGCAAGGCAAGGCAAGGGAAGAGAAGGCAAUGCCAGGCAAGGCAAGGCAAGACAAGAGACAGCAAUGCAAUCCCAGGCAAGGAAAUGCAAUCCCAGGAAGGCAAUUACAGGAAAGGCAAUUUCAGGCAAGGCAAGGCAAGACAAAGCAGGGAAAGGAAAUUCGAUGCAAGGCAAUUGCAGGCAAGGCAAGGCAAGGCAAUUCCAGGCAAGAAAAUUCCAGGCAAGACAAGGCAAGGCUAUUCCAGGCAAGGCAAUUCCAGGCAAUGCAAGUCAAGGAAAGGCAAAAUAUUCCUGGCAAGGCAAGGCAAGGCAAGGCAAUGCAAUCCCAGGCAAGGCAAUCACAGGAAAGGAAAUUUCAGGCAAGGCAAGGCAAGACAAGGCAUGGAAAGAAAAUUAGAUGCUAGGCAAUUGUAGGUUAAACAAGGCAAGGUAAUUCCAUGGAAGGUAACUCCAAGCAAGGCAAGGCAAGGCAAUUCCAGGCAAGACAAGGCAAGGCUAUUCCAGGCAAUGCAAGGAAAGGAAAGGCUAAAAUUUCCAGGCAAGGCAUGGCAAGGCAAGGCAGGGCAAGGCAGGGCAGGGCAGGGAAGGGCAGGGAAAGGUAAGGCAAGGCAAGGCAAAAGGCAAAAGGCAAAAAAGGCAAAAGACAAAAGGCAAAAGGCAAGGCAAGUCCAAUCGAGGCAACUCAAAUUCAGACAAAGCAAGACAAUUCCAGGGAAGGCAAUCCAGGUCAAGGCAUGGGAAUGCAAGGCAAGACAAUUCCAGGUGAGGAAAGUCAAGGCAAGGCAAUUUGAAAUGAGGCAAUUUCAGUCAUGGCAAGGCAAGACAAGACAAUUCCAGGCAAGGCUAUUCCAGUAAAGUCAAGGCAGGGCAAUUCCAGGCAAGGAAAAGCAAGGCAAUGCAAGGCAAUUCCAGGCAAGCCAAUUCCAGGUAAGGCAAAGCAAGGCAAUUCCAGGCAAGUCAAUUCGAGGCAAGGCAAUUCGAGGCAAUGCAAGGCAAGGCAAGAGAAGGCAAUGUCAGGCAAGGCAAGGCAAGGCAAGGCAAGGCAAUGCAAUCCCAGGUGAGGCAAUGCAAUCCCAGGUAAGGCAAUUACAGGAAAGGCAAUCUCAGGCAAGGCAAGGCAAGACAAGGCAGGGAAGGAAAAUUUGAGGCAAGGCAAUUGAAGGUUAGGCAAGGCAAGGUAAUUCAAGGGAAGGUAACUCCAAGCAAGGAAAGGUAAGGCAAGGCAAUUCCAGGCAAGACAAGGCAAGGCUAUUCCAGGCAAUGUAAGGCAAGGCAAAGUAAGGCGAGGCAAGGCAAUGCAAUCCCAGACAAGGCAAUCACAGAAAAGGCAAUUUCAGGCAAGGCAAGGCAAGACAAGGCAGGCAAAGGAAAUUCGAGGCAAGGGAAUUGCAGGUAAGGCAAGGCAAGGUAAUUUCAGGUAAGUUAACACAAGGCAAGGCAAGGCAAGGCAAUUCCAGGCAAGGCAAUUCCAGGAAAGACAAGGAAAGGAAAGGCAAAAAAAUUCAGGCAAGGCAAAACAAAACAGGGCAGGGCAGGGCAAGGCAAGGCGAGGCAAGGUAAGGCAAGGCAA